GCAAGAGCAGUAGCAGCAACACUAGCAAGGAAGAAACUACAGAGAUCGAGAUGGCGAGGAAGGGCGUUGCGGCGGCGGUCAUCGUGGUGGCGGCCAUGGCGUUCCUGGUGGUCACGAUGGCGGCGAGGCCGGCCGAGGGCGCCGUGACGUGCGCGGAGGUGGACUCGAACCUGCGCCCCUGCGUCGGGUACGUGACGGGCAAGGAGGCGGCGCCGCCCGCCGAGUGCUGCGCCGGCGUGAAGCGGAUCAGGGCGCUGCCGUCCGGCACGGUGGAGCGGCGGCAGGCGUGCGAGUGCGUGAAGCAGGCCGCGGCGAAAUUCCCGGGGCUCAACGCCGACGCCAUCCGCGACCUCCCCGCGCGCUGCGGCUCGCCGCUGCCGUUCCCGCUCACACUCAACUUCGACUGCACCACAAUUCCAUGAACUGAACUCAUAUGAAGGCAAAGAGGCCAUCCUGAAAGUGUGGAGAGACUAAAAGAUGUAGAGAGGGGAGUAGAAUAAGAGAGUUCACUCACUCUAAGUGAACUUGUUGCUUUUGUAACAAUAAUGUCCCUUGCUUUGCAUGCUAGAUUUUAUCUAAUGUACUGGAAAUAAUGUGUUGGGCGUCGUCACCAUGCAUGCUUUUGUGGUGGUUUGUUGCAUUGCAUCUCUCCCUGCGUGGAGAGGAGUUGUCUCGAGUUGUUCAACGCUGGUGUUCACAAUAUUGAUGACCUCCAGUUGUUUGUACUACUUGUUUUUCUUUACCUCUUCUAAUAAAACUUGCUGGAAAUCUCUUGAUAUCA